AUGAAGGGAGACAUACAGGUGUGAGGGAGGUAGAGACAGGGACCACUGCCAGGAAGGGGAUGACCAUCCAGAGCACCCAGGGGUGAGGGGCAGAGGAGAGGACAAAAGUUCACCCUCCUAUGUUGGAAAGGCUGACACACAGUGUGAACAGAGUCUCAUACAGGAUCUUCUUCUGGAUGCGGAUUUGGGGUCCUACAGAGAUUGGUGGAGGAGCAGAGGUUGACACCUGGAUGUCGCAUUUACCUUAAGCAGCAAAACCCUUGGAACUGCACUUAGCAUGGCUGGAGAAAGUGCCCAGGAGCCGGAACCCUCAUCAUCCAAAGACAGCAGCAGCAAAGCACCAGAGCCCGAGGCUGACGGGCUCCCCUACCCCAGCCUGGCCCCGGUGGUCUUCUUCUACCUGGACCAGAGCAGCCGACCCCGCAGCUGGUGUCUGAGGAUUGUCUGCAACCCCUGGUUUGAACGCUUCAGUAUGCUGGUCAUCCUCCUGAACUGUGUCACCUUGGGAAUGUUCCAUCCUUGUGAAGACAUCGCCUGCGAUUCCCAGCGCUGCAAAAUUCUACAGGGAUUUGAUGACUUCAUUUUUGCAUUUUUUGCGGUGGAGAUGAUUAUCAAAAUGUUUGCUCUGGGAAUAUUUGGACCAAAAUGCUACCUGGGGGAUACCUGGAAUCGUCUAGAUUUUUUCAUAGUUAUCGCAGGGAUGCUUGAAUAUUCUUUGGAUCUUCAGAAUGUCAGCUUCUCAGCCGUGCGCACAGUCCGGGUUUUACGUCCACUGCGAGCCAUAAACCGGGUGCCAAGUAUGCGGAUUCUUGUUACAUUGCUGCUGGAUACCCUGCCAAUGUUAGGCAAUGUCCUUCUACUUUGCUUCUUUGUGUUCUUUAUUUUUGGCAUUGUUGGAGUACAGCUUUGGGCUGGUCUGCUUAGAAACCGCUGCUUCCUCCCUGAAAACUUCAGUCUUCCUGUCACCCUGGAGCUAGAACGAUAUUAUCAGACCGAAAAUGAGGAUGAGAAUCCCUUUAUCUGUUCCCAAGCCAAAGAGAACGGCAUGCGGUACUGCCGCAGUGUCCCUACACGCAAAGAAGAAGGGCUGGAGUGUACACUGGACUAUAUGUUUUAUAACAAUACCAGCAAUACUUCUUGUGUCAACUGGAAUCAGUAUUAUACAAACUGUUCUGCUGGGGAACAUAACCCUUUUAAAGGUGCUAUCAAUUUUGAUAAUAUUGGUUAUGCUUGGAUAGCAAUCUUUCAGGUGAUAACACUAGAAGGUUGGGUGGACAUCAUGUAUUUUGUCAUGGAUGCUCACUCAUUUUACAACUUUAUCUACUUUAUUCUUCUAAUUAUAAUUGGAUCAUUUUUCAUGAUCAACCUAUGUCUAGUGGUCAUAGCUACUCAGUUUUCCGAAACUAAGCAGCGGGAGAGCCAACUUAUGAAGGAACAGAGAGUCCGUUUCCUUUCCAAUGCAAGCACACUCGCCAGCUUCUCUGAGCCUGGCAGUUGUUAUGACGAGCUUCUGAAGUAUUUGGUGUACGUGACUCGUAAGGGAAGUAAGCGUCUUGUCCAGCUCUACAGAGCAGCAGUCUUCAAACUUGGUUUCACGUCUAGUCCUAUGGUGAAGAGCAACAAUGAAAAACCAAAUCGCAAACAUAGGAGAAGAAGGUCUUCAGUGCACCACCUAAUCCAUCACCAUCACCAUCACCAUCAUCAUUACCACCUGGGAAAUGGCAGCCUAAGAGCGCCACAGGCCAGCCCAGAGCUCAGCGAAGUGGAAACCAAUUCUCCUCAUAAUGGAACUAGACUAAUGCUAUCGUUUUCCGGGGCUCAGACGUCCCCCAUUGCUUCAGCCUCCAAUGCACAAUCCAUUCACAGCAUUUACCAUGCCGACUGCCAUCUUGAAAAUGUGCCUUGCGUGCCCGUCUUUGCCCAGCCUGGUACAAUUAUGCCAAAUUCAGAGGUUGUCCAAAAAAGUAUUGUAGGAAAGAAAAACUAUCCUACUGUUCACCCAAGCAUGUCACCAGAAAUACAGAAGAAAACAGAACAAGGGGACGUUUCAGAAAGCCUUGUGAUCACAAGUGACCCCAGCCUUUACACAGGGCCAAUAUACAGUUCAAUGAACAGGCUACUAGAGACCCAAAGUACAGGUGUCUGCAAAGGAUCCUGUAAAAUCUCGGUCCAAGCUGCAAGCUCUGAAAUUGAAUCCUUAGAUCCAGAAAUAUGUUCUCACUGCAAAGAGCCAGAGCUCCCUGACAAUGAAGAUAUGGAGUCUGAUAGUGAUGGAGGCUACGAAUUCACUCAAGAUACUCAGUGUAAUGAGAAAACUGAACAAAAAAAGGGAAAGACAAAUCCCAAGAACCCCUCCAAGCUGAUGAAGUUGGGGAAAAUGGUGUGCGAGACAUUUCGAAAGAUUGUUGACAGCAAGUACUUUGGGCGAGGUAUAAUGAUUGCUAUCCUGAUAAAUACUCUGAGCAUGGGGAUUGAAUAUCACGAACAGCCAGAAGAACUGACUAAUGCCCUGGAGAUCAGUAAUAUAGUCUUUACAAGUUUAUUCGCCCUGGAAAUGGUUUUGAAGCUUUUUGUGUAUGGUCCAUUUGGCUACAUCAAGAACCCAUAUAACAUAUUUGAUGGAAUCAUUGUCAUAAUCAGUGUUUGGGAAAUCAUUGGACAGCAGGGUGGUGGUCUCUCUGUACUCCGAACCUUUCGCCUCAUGAGAGUCCUGAAAUUAGUGCGUUUCAUGCCAGCACUACAGCGCCAGCUUGUAGUAUUGAUGAAGACAAUGGACAAUGUUGCCACGUUCUGCAUGCUGUUGAUGCUUUUUAUCUUCAUAUUCAGCAUUUUAGGAAUGCAUCUUUUUGGCUGCAAAUUUGCAUCAGAAAAGGAUGGAGACACACUUCCAGAUAGGAAAAACUUUGACUCCCUGCUUUGGGCUACAGUGACUGUAUUCCAGAUUUUAACACAGGAAGACUGGAAUAAAGUUCUUUACAAUGGAAUGGCCUCUACGUCUUCAUGGGCGGCACUUUACUUUAUUGCACUGAUGACCUUUGGAAACUACGUCUUAUUCAACCUGUUGGUGGCUAUUCUUGUUGAAGGAUUUCAGACAGAGGAAGUAUCCAAGAGAGAAGACAUUAGUGCACACCUCAGUUGUAUCCACCUGCCUAUUGACUCCCUUGUGGGUGGCAGCUCCUUGUCUGGCUCUGAAAGCGCUCCAGAUGAAUGUGGAAUUCGCAAAAGCCUUUCUAAUGUGUCUUUUACUCCAUUACAUCAUGGAUUACCAGAAGUAAAGGCCAAUUUACAACCACCUCUCAUCAUUCAUACAGCUGCCACCCCCAUGCCUGUGCCCAAAAAUUCUCUGUUUGGAGAACUAUCUCUGAGUUGUGAAUCCAGGAGACAGAGCAGCGUUUCUGAUGGUCCUCAUGGCACUGAGAUCAAGCCGAUGUCUAGUGCCCGGAAUUCCACCCAUAGUUCUUGGGGAGCCGUGUGCAGUUGGAACAGUCGGAGGUCCAGUUGGAACAGUAUUGGACGAGCGUCCAGCAUUAAGAGACAAGUGCAGAGUGGUGAACAUAAAUCCUUGCUCGCUGCUGAUGGAAAGGAGAGUUCUGAAGGCGAGACAUCAGAUGAGGAGUUGUCCAUCCGGAAAGGCUCUUCUUGUAAUGUAAUGGAACUGGUGGGCAAACGAGAAGCACUUGACACAUUGCACGUUCCUUACACGUAUGCAUUACAGAAUAAACCCAGCCUUCCAGUAGACUAUCAGGGCUGUAAUGGGAAAACUGUGCUGCCUAAUGUGACACCUCAGCCCCAUGUUGAUGAGCCCAAAGUUGAUUACAGCAAUAAUAUUGAUGAUGAUGUGAAUAUGAGCAAGUGCGAAAGAUUGAAAGCAUGGAUAACAGCUCAUCUCCCCGUCUGGUGCAAGGAAAGAGAGACAUGGUCCCUUUACAUGUUCCCCCCUUAUUCCAAAUUCCGCUUGAUAUGCAAUAAAAUCAUCACCCAUAGGAUGUUUGAUCACGUUGUUUUAGUCAUUAUAUUUCUGAACUGCAUUACUAUUGCAAUGGAAAGACCUAAAAUAGAGCCGCAUAGUGCCGAAAGAAUAUUUCUGACCUUAUCCAACUACAUAUUUACACUAAUAUUUCUGGCAGAAAUGACAGUAAAGGUGGUGGCGCUCAACUUGUGUUUUGGGGGCAAAGCUUAUCUGAGAAGUAGUUGGAAUAUUCUAGAUGGAAUGCUUGUUUUAAUUUCAGUCAUUGACAUCCUUGUGUCAAUGGUUUCUGAUAGUGGAACCAAGAUUCUGGGAAUGUUACGAGUACUGAGACUUCUUAGGACUUUAAGACCUCUCCGGGUUAUAAGUCGUGCUCAAGGGCUGAAACUUGUGGUUGAAACUUUAAUGUCAUCCUUGAAACCCAUUGGAAAUAUUGUGGUGAUCUGCUGUGCAUUCUUCAUCAUAUUUGGAAUCCUUGGUGUUCAGCUCUUCAAAGGAAAAUUUUUUUACUGCUUGGGAGAGGAUACAAAAAAUAUCACAAAUAAAUCUGACUGUCUCAAUGCUAGAUACAAGUGGGCCCGACAUAAAUACAAUUUUGACAAUCUUGGUCAGGCAUUAAUGUCUUUGUUUGUCCUGGCAUCCAAAGAUGGAUGGGUUGACAUCAUGUAUGACGGACUGGAUGCCGUUGGGGUAGACCAACAGCCAGUGAUGAACUACAACCCCUGGAUGCUCCUUUACUUCAUAUCCUUCCUGCUGAUUGUUGCAUUCUUUGUCCUGAAUAUGUUUGUGGGGGUGGUGGUGGAGAAUUUUCACAAAUGUCGACAGCACCAAGAGGAAGAAGAGGCCAAGAGAAGAGAAGAGAAAAGACUGCGCAGGAUGGAGAAAAAGAGAAGGAGUAAGGAGAGAGAGAUGGCCGAUCUAUUGCUGGAUGAUACUAUGUUGGAGCACUCAGCCAGUCCAUCACAAGUUCUUCCAUGGGAUGUUCAAGCUCAGUGCAAGCCUUACUAUUCAGAAUAUUCCCACCCCCGUCUUCUCAUACAUCACAUGUGCACAAGUCACUACCUAGAUCUUUUCAUUACCGGGGUUAUUGGACUUAAUGUUGUUACUAUGGCCAUGGAACACUACCAGCAGCCAAAGGUAUUGGAUGAAGCUCUGAAGAUAUGUAACUACAUUUUUACCUUAAUCUUUGUCCUAGAAUCAGGGUGCAAAAUGAUUGCAUUUGGAUUCCGACGUUUUUUUAAAGACAGAUGGAAUCAACUGGACCUAGCAAUUGUUCUUCUUUCAAUUAUGGGGAUAACACUGGAGGAGAUUGAAGUGAAUGCAUCAUUGCCCAUUAACCCAACAAUUAUUCGCAUCAUGAGAGUUCUAAGAAUUGCAAGGGUUCUGAAGUUACUAAAGAUGGCUGUUGGGAUGCGGGCCCUGCUGGAUACGGUUCUACAAGCUCUUCCCCAGGUGGGGAAUCUAGGUCUUCUCUUUAUGCUGUUAUUCUUCAUUUUUGCUGCCUUGGGAGUUGAACUGUUUGGCGACUUGGAAUGCAAUGAAUCUCAUCCCUGUGAAGGUCUUGGGAGACAUGCCACAUUUAGAAACUUUGGAAUGGCCUUUUUAACUCUCUUCCGUGUAUCUACAGGCGAUAAUUGGAAUGGGAUUAUGAAGGACACACUGCGUGACUGCAAUGAGGAGUCUACCUGCUACAACACUGUCAUCUCUCCAAUCUACUUCGUCUCCUUCGUGCUGACGGCACAGUUUGUAUUGGUCAAUGUGGUCAUUGCCGUACUCAUGAAACACCUAGAGGAAAGUAACAAAGAAGCCAAAGAGGAGGCUGAACUUGAGGCUGAAAUGGAGUUGGAGUUUCAAAUUCAGAACAUUCAAAGUCCAGAUAAUGAUAAUUUUCUUUGGGCUGGGAGAGACCUCAGCUACACUCAGGAUAGUCCUUAUGGAUACAUGAAUUCUGUAAAAGAUAAGGAUGACUCGCGGUCACUAGUCCAUCCCAUGGAAAGACAUAUGUUUGAUACUAUAUCGUUACUAAUCCAGGGAUCGUUAGAGGGCGAGAUGAAGCUCAUGGACAAUCUUUCUGGUUCUGUUUGUCAUCAUUAUGCUUUGUCACCAUACGACAAAGGCUCAUGUGAAAAGCAGAUUCCUCUAGCGGAGAUGGAAGGACUGUCCUUGACUUCAGAUAUUAUGUCCGAAAAGUCCUGGUCCUUAGCCCUAACGGACGACUCUCUGCCAGAUGACAUCGUGUUUAGCGUUCUCGAAUCAAAAAAUGAAUAUUCCCCAAUACAGAGGUCAUCAGCUUCUAAAGAAAGCAACUUACUAAGUGUGAAAAAGCCCUUGGUUUGCAGAACCCACUCGCUGCCAAAUGACAGCUACAUGCUAAGGACCGAACAUGUGUGUGCAGAGUGCCAAGCGAAAAGAAGGAUUUCUUGCCAGAAAUCAGGAUCAAACGCUCACAUUGACAGCAGCUGCCAAGAAGCUGUGCUUAAUGAUGGUAAAUCUGAAUUAGUGAUCCCAAAGCUCACUGCUCCCCUGCGGUCACCAUCUACACAUAGAAUGCUACAAAGACAGAAAGCGGUCCAGAAUGAUUCAUUUGAUAUAUUCUUGGAUAACAAAGAAAGUGACCAAGAUGAAGUUGCAGAAAGUAAUGUAACAUUACCAGUCUGCCAACUACCUACAAAUGUGCCAACCGUCCUAAAGUCAAUGGACCCAGAAAGAACUUUGUGUGAUAUGGAAAAGAAAACUGUUUACACUCAGCAUUGCCAUGACACUGUUUACUGUCCAAGUGCUUCCCAGACAAGUAGAAACACUUUCAAAGAACCAACUGGAGCUCAAGAAAGGACAAACGUAUUGAAUGCAUCUCAAUGUAAAAAACAUUUCAGCCUAAAAACAUGUGAGACGCUAAGAUUUUAUUCGGCUGCGUACUCUUUAAGUCAGAAAGUAAAACUGGAAAAUAGUAACAAUGUAGUUUUAAGAGAUAUGAAGAAGUUUUACAGCAUGGAUGCUCACGGUGCCCUUAAAAAAACAACAUCCUGGCUUGAAGACGCCAGAAGACAUUCUAUUGAAAUAUGUUCAAUGGAAAACACUAUGUCUCACUAUCCAGCUUCACGUUCAUGUGGCUUCAUUAGCCAUAUAGUCAACGAAAGAGAAGACUUCCAAACAGUACAUAAUACAAGUGGACAUAUCCCAUACUGCCCAGAGUGCGUGCCCUCUGGUGUGACUCGUGGACAUCCAUGCUUGGAAGCGGAAGCUUUAAGAAGACAAUCCUACUCAUUAGAUUCAAAGGACCUUCCUAAAAUUGUUGACCCCUUAGUUACAGAAAUGUCAAUAUCCUAAUUUCUAUUGAUAAUUUUUUUCUAUCAGUUGAAUUGAAAAGAAAAAAAAAAAAAAAGCCUAUUUUUGAUUGAGUGUGAACAUUUGUUACAAAAUGAUGAGCUGCUUCCGUGGCUAAAAAUCGGAAAACCUGGAACGUUAUCAGCUCUGGGGAAAUACUUGAACACCUGUUCUAUGUGGACAAACAGCAAUACGGUAUCAAAAAGGAUUUUCACAUUUCUCUAGCUAGUAAACUCAUUAUGUUAUUUUUAUUAAAUAAACUCUAUAGAGAUCAGCUAUACCCAGUGUGUCAAAUGGUCUUUAAAAGGUUAAGAUGCCCAGUAUUCCCAAUCCAACG